CGUCUGGACCCCAAUGCCGCUUCACUAGACGGUGUUAUUGCGUGUGAGAGGCCGUCUUGCCGCCAUAGCCAUGCCCGAACACUAGCGCUACCUCAACCUUAUUCCGAGUACCAGUGAUUCGACGAAUUCAACAGAAUACGUCUGGAUCGCUAUCGCGCACGAAAGCUCAAGGCGAGCACCGGUGUUCAUCAGGUCCCCCGUAACUUCUCAUGAUGUCCGUAGCUGCGGCGUUGGCUGUAGCUGCAACAUCGUACGCUGCCCCUCAUCCGCUGGUUUUCACUCUCACCGGAAGAGUACAACACUAUCGAUGGACUCGAUCGCCCUAUCCAAGGCGUACACUGCGUAAAAUAACCAGAUAUCCCGGCCACUCACUCACCUGAUUCUCGCCCUUCACCCUAGUGGAACAAAGGCAGAAGAGCGGUGCUCCAGAUACGGCUGUUGCUUUCGAAUGUCCUCACAUCUGCCGGCCAACUGGCAUCAUUUGCCACCGUACGGAUUGAGGGCUCAGCCUAUAUCAGUCGUCCAAGUGUGAUUCCCCAAACCUCACAAGUUCCUCUGAACCACCACCACCCCACCGCUGUGGGGAUGGCGAACCAGCCCCCGCCGUCCUUCGACAACCAGCCUUACUUCAACC